CAGAUCCUUAGCAUCACGGCCGACAAUGCCUCAAGCAACGAUACCAUGAUUACCGAGCUCGCGGACAUGGUGGGCCACUUUGGCAGCAAAACAGCACGGACCCGCUGUUUCUUGCAUAUAGUCAAUCUCAUAGCCAAAAGCCUACUUAAACAAUUUGAC